UAGAGUAGUUUGUGGUGGGUGGUCACACUUCCACUGUACCAAACCAGUUGAUCAUUAAGAUCUAGUAUAAGGUAAAAACUAAAUAAUUGGACAUGAAAAUGCAGUUUGAAAACAUCAUUAAAAUUUUAAUUAAAGUUUAUCAUCAAUAGACAUCAGUAUAUAAACGUUAAACGUUAAAAUUCUGCUUCAUAACUGUCAAAAUGUUUGUAAAACCUUCAAUAAUCUUGGUGCUGGUUGCCCAAUGCUUAUGUUACAACCGGACUGAUGAAGCUCAAUAUUUCAAUAAAAUGUGCCAGAAAGUUAACAAGGCCUAUCAGGACAACAAAUUAAGUUACUCUCAACUUAAUAGUCAAACGGACACAUGUUUGUCUGCUCACAUCGGUGAAUACGGGCUGAAAUAUUUUGUUAUGGAAGCCCUGACGAAAAAAGGCUACAACACCAAUGAUGCAUAUAAAAACACAUUCAGAUCAUCAUCAUGCAGCGUUGACAGCUUCCACAACUUCAUCUACUGUAUGGAAGGAUUGGUCAGAUAAUGAUUUUAGAAACCAUUGUUGUUGUUGUAUGUGAUUGAUUAAUAAACUCCUACAACUGUGU